UUUGUUUGUCAUAAAGAAUCAAACCCCUAUUACCCUAUUCAAAACCUCAAACGCACUCCAUAAUUCAACUCCAUAUUUCAGAGCUGAAUAGCGAAAGAGAAAUAUACAAUAUAUUCGUGUAGGGAUGGCGAGGAUAAUGCCAAUGGCGGCAUCCUCAAUUAGGCCUUCACUCUCAGCCCUCAGGUUUUGUCGCUUCUGCGUUUCUCACAGUUCUUCCCGCAAGUUUGCCUCUUUCCAUCUCGGUACUGCAGUUCCACAGAUGCAAUCUUUUGGCAUUAAAGCUUCUAAGUUGUUGAGAGAAAAAGGAAGCAACUUUUCAAUUGGUGCAGUUGGAAGUAUGGCACAUGCAAGCACUGCUACCACUCAAGAAAAUGUCCUAGACUGGGUCAAACAGGACAAGAGAAGAAUGCUUCACGUUGUUUACCGUGUCGGAGACCUUGAUCGAACCAUCAAAUUCUACACAGAGUGUCUAGGGAUGAAAUUGUUAAGAAAGCGUGACGUACCAGAGGAGAGGUACACAAAUGCUUUUCUUGGAUAUGGUCCGGAAGACUCUCACUUUGUAAUUGAACUUACUUACAAUUAUGGAAUCGACAAGUAUGAUAUUGGAUUGGCUUUUGGCCAUUUUGGAAUCGCUGUUGAGGAUGUUGCGAAGUCAGUGGAACUCAUAAAGGCUAAAGGAGGCAAAGUAACCAGGGAACCAGGUCCUGUUAAAGGAGGGAAUACAGUUAUUGCUUUUAUUGAAGAUCCUGAUGGUUACAAGUUUGAACUUUUGGAGAGGGGUCCAACACCUGAGCCCUUAUGCCAAGUGAUGCUUCGAGUUGGAGAUCUUGACCGUGCCAUAAAUUUUUAUCAGAAGGCUUAUGGUAUGGAGCUUCUUCGCACACGAGACAAUCCUGAAUACAAGUAUACAAUAGCAAUGUUGGGAUAUGGUCCAGAAGACAAAAGUGCUGUGAUGGAGUUGACAUAUAAUUAUGGUGUUAGCAUAUAUGACAAGGGAAAUGCAUAUGCACAGAUAGCUAUAGGCACAGAUGAUGUACACAAAACAGCAGAAGCGAUAAGACUAUGGGGUGGAAAGAUUACCAGGGAACCAGGACCGCUACCUGGUAUCAGCGCCAAGAUAGUAGCAUGCCAAGAUACUGAUGGUUGGAAAGCGGUUUUCGUCGACAAUAUAGAUUUUCUCAAGGAAUUGGAGUGAGGUAUAUUCUGGACGAAACUAUCAGACAUAUUCAGAACACCUUGAGGACAAAGAUGCGUCAUAAAAUUAUUCCCUCACCUUUGGCAAAUGAUACAAGGAGAUUCUCAUCAAUGAAGAUGCUUUUCAUUUGUGUAUAGAGCUGCAGAAAUUGCGUUUUCCCCUUUCCACUAUGUACCAUUCAUCUUGUUGAUUUUUCACUGAACUCUUUCCUUCUAAUUGGACCAUGCGAAUUGCUCAUCUGUUGCCUUAAGUUGCUAGUUGCAAAUUUCAUUGUAGUAAUUGGUCUGCUGCAAAUUUUGUUCUAAUAAAAAGGAUGAGCCUUUGUGAAAA